AUGUCUGAUUGGGUGAAAAAAUUCGGACUGGGAAAAGGGAAAGGACCCCUGAUUCGUCCUCCUGCAGAUCCGGUGGAGGAGACUACUGCGGAACGGGAGGGAAGGACACAUAAUAGAAAUGUUACCAGUUCUAAACGUCGUGGGGAACACACUGGUGCUUUUGUACCCCCACGUACGAUGAUUGAGGAGGAGACAGAGACAGAGGCCGAGCAGGAGAUGGAUGCACACAUGGAUGCAUAUAUGCAUCCGCAUGAGUACGAGUACGAUCCACAACUACGGUUUCAGCAGAAGUAUCAGUUUCCGGUGCCGGAUUUUCCAUCCGAUGACGAUUACGAGGAUGUUCCGACUCCGACUCCGCCUCCUGUCCCGAUGGGUGGUGCUUUCGGUGGUUCUAAUCCUGUCUCGAGGUCCCGCACCGCUCCGAGAAAAAAACUUCCUUCUCGACCUUGGAUGUUGACUGGUGAGACACCCGGUGGACCUAAAUACGCUCACUUGAUUCCGAGUUUUGGAGCGCAUAUUGCCUACGACAUUUGGGAGGGAAAGGGUCGACAUAUGGUUAAAUUACGGUCGCACGCGAAGUGUACUUGGCCGGGCCCCGAUGACGAUGAUUGUGUCUCACUACUGGAGAGUACGGGCUUGUAUCACUUGCGUGAUUGUUCGCUGCCUCAGCACAAUAACCCACUAAUAGAGGCUUUUAUUGAGAGGUGGCAGCCAAACACCAAUAGUUUUCACAUGCCAUUCGGUGAGAUGACAAUCACCCUCCACGACGUGCAUUUCAUCAUGGGUUUGCGAGUUAGUGGAAUUCGCCCUAACGUUUGGAUGGAUAAGGCCGACGCGAUCCAGCUUGGUGCGAGAGCUUUCGGAGUCGACCCCGAAAUUAUGGAGCAGUGGUGGUAUGGUGGCGGACCCCGGUUAGAUGAUUUGGAGGUGAAAUAUGGCGACAAUUCUACCUUUCCUUCCGCGUAUCGGGUACGAGCAUAUAUUGCAUACUUGCUCGGAAAGUUGUUGUUCGUGGAUAAGAGUGGAUCGAAGGUCAGAGCAGAUUUUUUCCCACUGUUAGAGGAAAUCAAUCUGAUUCGCGAGUAUUCUUGGGGUUCGGCUACAUUGGCCUAUCUGUACCGACAGUUGGGCAUGGCUACGCGAGCUGAGGCGGCGCAGAUUGCUGGAUGUCUGACACUAUUAGAGAAAUCGUCUUGA